AUGCAUAAUUUCAGCGAGCCUUACGCGAAUGAAGCCGAAAUUGAAGAGCUUUUCAAGAAAGAUGAAGACUUAUGCGUUGUUUGUGGGUGUGUCUCAGCCAACGAAUUUUUUAGUUUUCCAAAUGAUGUUGACACUCGACAGCAGUGGGCUACCUUCUGCGAGAUACCUCUUGACAAAAUAAAACCGCAUUUUAGACUUUGUGACAGACACUUUAAACCUGACGAUUAUCGAAUCUCGAUGAAACGUUCGAUACAUCCAAGUAGUAUUCCAACAUUGCAACCAAAACUGAAACAUGGCUUCGGACCUUCAACUACUAAUAACAGUUCACAAUCUAGUCUAAAUGGCAUCAGCAUUUCCAACUCAAUGUUGAAUGAAAAUACAUCGAACAAUGCGACACACAGACCUGUCGUCCAAGUUGUGCCAGCUGAAAUUGACAGCAACAUAGCAGAAGAUACUCGCGACCGAGGACUGGCGAUUUAUUCUUCAGAGAAAUCGAAAGACAGCUCUUCUAUUUCGAAGGCACUGCCUACACACCAUUAUGAAAAAGUUGCCUUUGGAGAAACAACUGUAAAUGAUGUUGAAGGUACUCACCACCACCAAAGUUUAACUACCUCAUUGUUAGAAAAGUUGAACGAUGAUUCUUGUAAUACAAAUACACAACUAUUCGAGCCGCAGCAGCUGCAUUCAGAAAAAGUUGCGCUCGUAGAAUCGGUCGAAAAGAUUGCCGACGAAGAUGGUUACUCUACAGAUUCGAGUAUGCCUCCCCUGGAAAUAUCGAGCGAUGACGUUGAUAGUUUGGAGGACCCACUCGAUCAAUUUUCUGAAAAAGGUCCGCUCGCUGAACUGAUUGACAAUAUUAUUGAAGAUCAUCACUAUGCAAAGUCGUUCAUGCUUCCUCUAGAAAUAUCGAGCGACGAUCUGCAUAAUCCGGAGGAACAACUUGAAAAUAUUUUUGAUCAAGUUGCGCUCGUAGAAACUGCUCAAGGUAUUGCAGAAGAUGCUCGUAACACAAAUUUCAGUAUGAAUGCAGCACCUGGACAAUAUUCCGAAGGAGAAGUGUAUGUGGAACAUGAUGACGAAGAUAAUCAAUUUCCAAAUUUUGCCGUCCUCUCACCACAAAAAUCCAAUGACGACAGUCGUUAUAACAUAGAAUCGCAAUCUCAACAAUGUUCUGAAAAGGUUUCAAUAGAUCUCCCUUCAAAGUAUUUACGGAACUGUUUCCCGGAUCCGACGAAAACGACCAAUGACGGCGAGGUUGUCAGUGGUAUUUCUGUCAGUCCUCAAACUAACUGUGAAAUGCUUACGAAUGAUACUGCUGCCAGUUCAAAUAAUGCACAAUUAUUCGAUGAAGCAUACUUUGGGCGAACACUGCGGGUGGAAGUAGUGCGAGUGCCUUUGACAAUCCAGGAAUCAAACUGUAAUGAUGAGCUAAAUGUGAGUCAGCGGAAUGAGCAGACCUCUCUUUCAGCUGAGAGUUCAAAACGUCGAAAAAAUGGUGACGAGGGCCGGCUUACUUGCUCUGCCAAAAAGACAAAGGAACUUCCUAGCGUAGCUACCACGACACAAACCUCGGGCAGUGUUCCAAAAAAGGUAGUUGGAGCAUUAAUACGAGAUUCGCCUCCAUACUGUUGCAAUAUUUGUGAUAAAACGUUUUCUGAUAAAUCUGAUUGGACAAGACACCAACGAGAACAUGCGAAGCCAUUCCAGUGUCCGAAGUGUAAAAAAACAUUUUCUAAAAAACAUGAUCUCUUCAGACAUCAAGCAAGUCAUAGUGAAAUGAGACCAUACAAAUGCGGUUUUUGUGACACACGAUUCAAGCAAAAUUACGCUAAAUUAAGGCACGAACGAUAUAUGCAUGCGGAAGUUCCUUGUUUCGAGUGUGCUGUUUGCGGGAAAAUGUUUAACUAUAAACAUUCUAUCAUUGCCCACCUACGAAUCCAUUCUGGUCAAAAACCAUUCCAUUGCCGAACCUGCGGCAAAAAGUUUUGUUUUAAAGGCAGUCUUACUAGACACGAAUUGACUCAUAAUAAUAAUAACAACUUCAAAUGCCGCAUAUGCGGCAAGGUAUUUAGAUACCAACACUAUAAGACAAAUCAUGAACGUUUACAUGUGGAGAGUUCUCGUUUUGAAUGUGCCCAAUGUGGCAAGAAAUAUUCCCACAAAAGCAGUCUAGCCCAUCACAUAUCAUCCAACUGCAGUUAGAUUUCAAUAAUUUGUAGUGUUUAAGUGUUUGUAGAUCCAAAUUCGGGUUUUCAUUGUUUUUUGUGCUCUUAAUUGAGUUUUUAUUUUACCCAUGGCGAAAGAGUCGAAAGAUUGUUUUCCACAUAGACAUACAUAUGUGUGCUUAUUUUAGUAUGGUAGUUACUUAUAUUAUUCAUUUUUACCCAAUACUUACCUAAUGUAUAAUUAUUUAACGGUGUACUUAAUUAAAAAUUAGUAUA